UCUCCGCCGGGCGCCGCAAGGGCUCUACCUUCUACGGGGAAUCUCCGCUCGGGCUCCGGCCAGGGGAGGCGGCUCCGGCGGGGCAGGCGGGCUCCACCCCCCGGCUGGCCGCGCGCCCGCGCCUCCCAGUUCCCGGAGCCCGAGUAGGGGCUCGAGGUGGUGGCGGCGCGGCUCCGCUCCCAGCUGGGCGUCUGGGCGCGGGGCCAGGACGGGAGGGGAGCGGCGGCGGCGGCGCUGGGCGGCGGAUAGCGCGGAGGGCGGUGGCCUGGACCCGCCGAGCCAUGGCGGCCCCGGAGCCGGUGCCGAGGCGGGGCCGGGAGCGGGAGCGGGAGGACGAGAGUGAGGACGAGAGCGACAUCCUGGAAGAGAGCCCGUGCGGCCGCUGGCAGAAGCGGCGGGAGCAGCCUGGCGCCCACGCCCUGGUGAACCAGGGGAACAUGCCCGGGGUCCAGAGCACCUUCCUGGCCAUGGACACGGAGGAGGGGGUGGAGGUGGUGUGGAACGAGCUGCACUUCGCUGACAGGAAGGCCUUUUCGGCCCACGAGGAGAAGAUCCAGAUCAUGUUUGAGCAGCUGGUGCUGGUGGACCACCCCAACAUUGUCAAGCUGCACAAGUACUGGCUGGACGCCUCGGAGGCCCGAGCACGGGUCAUCUUCAUCACAGAGUACGUGUCAUCGGGCAGCCUCAAGCAGUUCCUCAAAAAGACCAAGAAGAACCACAAGGCCAUGAAUGCCAGGGCCUGGAAGCGCUGGUGCACGCAGAUCCUGUCCGCGCUCAGCUUUCUGCACACCUGCAGUCCCCCCAUCAUCCACGGGAACCUGACCAGCGACACCAUCUUCAUACAGCACAACGGCCUCAUCAAGAUCGGCUCUGUGUGGCACCGGAUCUUCUCCAAUGCGCUCCCAGACGAUCUUCGAAGCCCCAUCCGUGCUGAGCGGGAGGAACCUCGGAACCUGCACUUCUUCCCGCCAGAGUACGGAGAGGUUGCCGAUGGCACUGCCGUGGACAUCUUCUCUUUUGGGAUGUGUGCACUGGAGAUGGCUGUGCUGGAGAUCCAGGCCAACGGGGACACCCGGGUCACAGAGGAGGCCAUCGCUCGCGCCAGGCAUUCUCUGAGUGACCCCAACAUGCGGGAGUUCAUCCUCUCCUGCCUGGCCCGGGACCCUGCCCGCCGGCCCUCCGCCCACAGCCUCCUCUUCCACCGUGUGCUGUUUGAGGUGCACUCGCUGAAGCUCCUGGCCGCUCACUGCUUCAUCCAGCACCAGUACCUCAUGCCUGAGAACAUGGUGGAGGAGAAGGCCAAGGCGACGGACCCGCACACGGUCCUGGCAGAGAUCCCCCGGCCGCCCCGGCCCCCGUUGCAGUGGCGGUACUCAGAGGUCUCCUGCUUGGAGCUUGACAAGUUCCUGGAGGAUGUCAGAAAUGGGAUCUACCCACUGAUGAACUUCGCUGCUGCUCGGCCCCUGGGGCUGCCCCGUGUGCUGGCCCCACCCCCCGAGGAAGCCCCAAAGGCCAAGACCCCGACGCCAGAACCCUUUGACUCAGAGACCAGAAAGGUGAUCCAGAUGCAGUGUAACCUGGAGAGAAGCGAGGACCAGGCGCGCUGGCAUCUCACGCUGCUCCUGGUGCUGGAGGACAGGCUGCACCGGCAGCUCACCUACGACCUGCUCCCAACCGACAGUGCCCAGGACCUGGCCGCCGAGCUGGUGCACUACGGCUUUGUCCACGAGGACGAUCGGCCGAAGCUGGCCGCCUUCCUGGACAGCACCUUCCUCAAGUACCGUGGAGCUCAGCCGUGACCCUGAUCCCGCCUCAGCGCUCCAGCUCCCCAGCCCCCCGGAACCAGACCUGGUGGCUCCCGUGGGGAAGCUCGGCAUUGGCCCCAGCGUCUGGGU